GGGUUGUCAGCGCACUGAGAAAAGGGCACAAUGGCUAAUGACAGCAAGAAGACCGUCCUUAUAACAGGGUGCUCAUCAGGCAUCGGCCUGAAGAUUGCAGUGCAGCUGGCGAAGGACCCCCGGGAGCGUUACCAUGUGAUUGCCACUAUGAGAGACCCCAACAAGAGUGCAAAGUUGGUAGCAGAAGCUGGAGAGUCCUUCAAUAAGACCCUGGUAAUCAGACAGCUGGAUGUAACCAAUGAAGAGUCAGUGAAGAAAUGCAUAGCAGAGCUGCCUGGUCAGACAGUGGACAUCCUUGUGAACAACGCUGGUGUAGGCCAGGCUGGUCCCCUUGAAAGCAUCUCAAUGGACGACAUGAAGAAAGUCUUUGAGACAAACUUUUUUGGGGUGGUGAACUUGAUCAAAGAAUUGCUCCCUGCCAUGAAGAAGAGAAGAAGUGGUCACAUUGUGGUUAUAAGCAGCGUCAUGGGGUUACAAGGCAUUGUUUUUAAUGACGUCUAUGCAGCUUCAAAAUUUGCAAUUGAAGGAUUCUGUGAAAGUCUGGCCGUUCAACUCUUAAAGUUUAAUAUCUUUAUUUCUUUAAUUGAGCCUGGACCAGUCAACACAGAGUUUGAGAUCAAGAUAAUGGAGGAAGUGGCUCGCUCAGACUUUCCAGGUGUUGACGCUGAGACCGUAACAUACUUUAAGGAGGUUUACCUCCCUAUCGCACAUGAGAUCUUUGUCACCUUGGGGCAGACACCAGAUGUCGUGGCAAAGGCCACGGUGAAGGUGAUAGGAAUGGAGAAGCCGGUCUUGCGUCGACAGACGAAUCCUCUCUACACCCCACUCACUGCUAUGAAAUAUGCAGACAACACUGGAAACCUCUCCGUCAGGACCUUCUACAAUAUGAUCUUCAACUAUGGCUGCCUCUUUCAUUGCAGCCUCAACUGCUUGAAAUGUAUCACCUGCAACUGUUUUAACCGGAGAGUCAUGCCAGUCUGAAGAAUGAGAAUGUCAGCCUACAGAUCAGCAUAUAAAUGGUACAGAUG